CUUCAGAGAAUCCCCCUCGCCUUCUGGACGGCUGUCAUCUGUGCCAUCUCACAGAAACAAGUUGACGAUGAGCGGUGAUCAUGAACAUAAAGAUUCUCAGGUCAAUUCCGGAUCGAAAGCAAACGACUCUCACAAGCAUAAAGAAAAGCACAAAGACAAGGAACACAGACACAAAGACCACAAGAAAGACAAGGAAAGGGAGAAAUCCAAACACAGCAACAGCGAACACAGGGAGCACUCGGACAAGAAACACCGAGACAAAGAGAGAGAGAAGCUGAAGCAUAUCGAUGGCAGUUCAGACAAGCACAGGGAGAAACACAAAGAGAAGAGGAGAGAGGAGAAGAUCAAAUCUUCUCAUGUGGACAAGCCUAAAAAGGAAAAAGAAAACGGUUAUGCAAGACAGAUGAGCCCCCCUGCCAUUAAGAAUGAGCCUGAGGAAGACAACGGCUUCUACCCUUCUCCCAGAUACAACAAGAACAUCAAGAGAGAAUGGGAGGAUGAGGAAGUUGAAUACAAGCCGAAAAAAAUAAAGACAGAAAAUGACAAAAAGGCAAAGAAGAGAAAACAGGAGUAUGACGAUGAAGAUGAAAAUGAGGACAUGAAGCCCAAAAAGAAGAUCAAAGACAAAAAGGGAACUGGGGGAAAGAAGCCAAAAAAGGAAGAAGAGGAGAAGUGGAAAUGGUGGGAGGAGGAACGAUACACCGAUGGCUCCAAGUGGCGCUUCUUGGAACACAAGGGCCCCGUGUUUGCCCCCCCUUACGAACCCUUACCUGACAACGUCAGAUUUUACUACGACGGUAAGCCAAUGAAACUUAAUCCUGCUGCCGAGGAAGUUGCCACAUUUUUUGGCAAGAUGUUGGAUCACGAGUACACCACCAAGGAUAUCUUCAGGAAGAACUUCUUUAAGGACUGGAGGAAGGAAAUGACAUCAGAGGAGAAGUCCAAGAUCACCGACCUAAAGAAGUGUGACUUCAGAGAAAUGAACGAGUACUUUAAGGCCCAGUCAGAGGCCAAGAAACAGAUGUCCAAAGAGGAGAAACAGAAAAUAAAAGAAGAGAACGAGAGGAUUCUUCAAGAGUAUGGCUUCUGCAUCAUGGACAACCACAAGGAGAGGAUCGGUAACUUUCGCAUUGAGCCCCCGGGCCUCUUCAGGGGACGAGGGGACCAUCCAAAGAUGGGCAUGCUGAAACGCCGCAUUAGACCUGUAGACAUCAUCAUCAACUGUAGCAAGGACUCUAAGCACCCAAAGCCUCCGCCCGGCACCCGAUGGAAGGAGGUUCGCCAUGAUAACAAGGUGACCUGGUUGGUGUCCUGGACAGAAAACAUCCAGGGUUCCAUCAAGUACAUCAUGUUAAACCCUAGCUCUAGGAUUAAGGGGGAGAAGGACUGGCAGAAGUACGAGACGGCGCGGCGGCUGAAGAAGUGUGUCGAUCGCCUGCGUGCCCAGUACAGAGACGACUGGAAGUCUAAAGAGAUGAGGAUCAGACAGAGAGCUGUGGCACUCUACUUCAUCGAUAAGCUGGCUCUGAGGGCAGGUAAUGAGAAAGAGGAGGGCGAGACAGCAGACACGGUCGGCUGCUGCUCUCUUCGGGUCGAGCACAUCAAACUGUACCCCAAGAUGGAUGACCAGGAGUACGUGGUGGAGUUUGACUUCCUGGGAAAGGACUCCAUCCGCUACUACAACAAGAUCCCUGUGGAGAAGAGGGUCUUCAAGAACCUUCAGUUGUUCCUGGAAAACAAGCAGCCUGAGGACGACCUUUUUGACAGGCUCAAUACUUCCAUAUUGAAUAAGCAUCUACAGGAGCUGAUGGAUGGCCUGACAGCCAAGGUGUUCCGUACGUACAACGCCUCCAUCACCCUGCAACAGCAGCUCAAGGAACUGACCUGCCCGGAUGAAAGUAUUCCGGCCAAGAUCCUGUCAUACAACCGAGCCAACCGGGCGGUGGCCAUCCUCUGUAACCACCAGAGAGCUCCACCCAAGACCUUUGAGAAGUCCAUGCAGAACCUGCAGACCAAGAUCGAUGAGAAACAGAAGCAAUUGUCUGCAGCCAGGAAGCAGUUGAAGAGUGCCAAAGCAGAUCACAGGGCUUCUCAUGACGACAAGAGCAAAAGGGCUGUGGAGCUGAAACGCAAGGCAGUUCAAAGGAUAGAGGAGCAGCUGAUGAAGCUCCAGGUGCAGGCCACGGACAGAGAAGAGAACAAGCAGAUUGCUCUGGGCACAUCCAAGCUCAACUACCUGGAUCCACGCAUCUCUGUUGCAUGGUGCAAGAAGUGGGGCAUCCCAAUUGAGAAGAUCUACAACAAAACUCAACGAGAGAAGUUUGCUUGGGCUAUUGACAUGGCUGAUGAGGACUAUGAGUUCUAAAUACUGUUAUUUGUUUUCCCUUUUCUACCCAUGCCUUUGAUUGUAGAGAUGUUUUGUAGUCUAUGUCAAUGAUUCCACCGUGUGGUAACUUCAGCAGGGUGAGCGAGGAAGCAAAGAUUAAUGUUUGUGCUGUAAAUACAGGUUGAUUGUGGAUAUAGGAAAAUAAUUCUAAGCAACUGACCAAACUGCCAUGGGGUAUCUCACUGCAAGUUUAAAGUAGUAUGUAUGUAUGUAGUUGCAGUAAUCGGCCCCCGAUCAAACAGCUAUGAACACAGUGAGUAUUAUCUUUUGUCCGAUAUGACUGUACUCAAAUUUGUAAGCCAUCAGAUUUAUUGAAAAAAUUCUAUAUUCUGAUAGAAUGAUGAAUUGAUAAAUCAUUGAUUUUCCACUCUUUAUGAGGAAAUUAAGUGGACAGAGUGCUUGUGUGAGAGUGUAAGAAAUGAAGAGAGAGAGACAAUACAGUGAAUUUCAACUUGUGAACAUAUGGCGUGAAAGAUCUGUAAAAUAAGCCUGAAUGAGCGAUGGCAACAUGACGAGCAGAAACCCUAGCACUAUGCUUCUGUAAUCAUUCACACACAGAAUGUUGUUUCUCUCCAUUUUUUGGUUUUUGCUGUUUAUUUUUCAGGGAUGUACAUAUUUAUUGUCAUUUUUCAGCACGUUAUUCAGUGUUUUAUAAAAUGUGUGAAGUCUGCGUUGUCAACAAGAAGCUCUUUUCAUGUUUAUAUGCAACUUAUGUUUGUCACGUCACCCUUUUUCAACUAGACAAGAAAUAACAUUCCUCUUUGUUACUUGAAACGGCUCCACUACGACGUGUGUGUGGUGGGACAGCAAGGACCGUUCCUCGAAACAGACAAAAGUAAUGUGAGAGAUGUGGGUUUUGCCAAAAAGAUCACAGAAAUUCAUCAUUACACCGUGUUACUUUAUUUUCUACUGCUGUGAGUGAAGAAAAGUGUCUUCUAUGAAUUUAUUUUCAAAUGUGAAUUGAUAGCCUACAUGUUUGCUCGUCGAGAUCGCUUGCCAUAUGAUCAUGUAACUCACAACCUCUGUUUUUGUUGGUCGCUUCUUGUUUUUGGCUUUGUAGU